ACUAGUUUUUCAUCAGUUUGCUUUGUAGCCUAUACUAUAUAUAGAAGGCGUUGACAAUCAUAAUGGCCCUCAGAAGGAAACUAUAACUAUGAGAGCGGCCCUUGACAAAAAUGAGUUUGACACCCCGGCUGUAGACAGUAAAGAGUUGAGGGAAAGUAGGUGUCUCUUCUUCCAUUUGUGAUACUUCAUUGAGGUUGGACUCCACUUGGUUCCACCCACUGAGGAGCUCAGCUAGAUUUUCCCCAUGUUAAUCUUUUAGUCUGCCAAAGAGAGAGGUGUCGUACUCUCACUGAUGACGCAUUGACAUGCUCGCUGAUGCCAUGUUGUCACGUUUACAUGUGACAGCUGCAGUGGCACCUUCAGUCAGCCCUUAAUCACCAUUAAAAAUCACACAUGGGCUUCUGAGUGGUGUUAUAUUGUAUCUAUUUUUAGCUUGCCAUUGUGCUCAAAUUAAGUUGUUGUUAAUUGCUAAUGUUGUGCAGCAGUAGCACAGCUGGAAAGCAGUUAAAUGUCAGGAAAAGCCUACAAGAAAAGAAUUUGAUGCACUUUAUUCAGUGCACAGCACAGUUAUUGAUUUACGUUCGAAUAGGAAAUAAUAAAAUCAAAAGCAAAAAUGUCUUUCUUUACAAGUAUGCUCAGGUUCCCGUGGUAUUCAUGUUACAGCAUAUGGUUGCACUCCUGCGGUUCCUAUUUUCCCCUCUGCUGCAUAUUUCAACCAAACAAGCAAAUUGCAGUGACUUGUUAACAGGGCAUGGAAUAGACAGAUGACUGUGUUUCCAAGGUCAGUUUCAAUGGCACUUGUACUGCUUGUGCUGCUUGUGCUGCUGCCGCAGAGGGAUUAGCCGCACAGACAGAUUAUCUGUAGGGGGAAGUGGAGUGAGGGUGCUUUCAUGUAAGGAAACACUUCAUUAACUUCUUGUUUGCUCAUGUUUCACACAACAUCACAUUGACUUGCAGGAUGUCAUUGCUCAAACCUUUCAAAAGUUUCACUUCCUCCUAUUUUAGAUGCAAGAAGAGAAUGCAAUACAAAUUCAAGUAGUCUUAUUUACAUGUGAUAAAUUCAUUGUGUCAAUACUGCACAGUAUCACGUCCCUUGUUAAAGGUUCACCAUCCAAAGAUGCAAAGCUGCAGGCUACUGACUACAGACUAGUUUAGAAUGUGAUUAAAUGACUGAACACUGGAUUAAUAUGCCUUUGUUUGAGACAUUUUAUCUAUAUGUAAUACCAUAAUGAUAUUUGUUUUUAGAUAUCAUAAUGGUUUUGAAUGUAACCCACAGCAUAGAGCAGAAAUAUAAUUCUGCUGCAGUCUUCAGACAGUUAUUUCUCAUUUCCACAAGAGGGCGCUGGCUCAUUUCUGAACAUGGUUGAUGUAAAACGACCGAGAGUGGAAUUUCUAGGUAUCCAUGCGUGCAAAUUAUUUGGAACAAUUUUGUCUCUUUCUGAAACAUAUAAUACGUAUUUCUCAGGUGACUGUAUCUAAAUAUACCUGUAACAUUAUUACUCUACAAUAGGAAAAUGGGCCAUUUUAUAGCCUGAAGUAUGUGCCACCAGAAACAAUCAAAUAUUGAAUAAAAUAUAGAACAAGUAUUUAUUUUUUAUGGGUUGUGGGUUUCUUAACAGUUCACAUGAGGCUUUAUUUGUUUUUUGAUGUGCAUUUGGGGGGACGUUUUAUAUGUGUGUAGGUUUCUCAUCCCUAUUCAGGGAUUAAAUGUUUUAUUAAGAAGUAAUUUUAUAAUUCUGGAAAUUAUUUUGUCAUGAUACCAUGUCAACCCUUGGUCAAAAUAAAUCAGCUGCUUUAUGGAUUUUAUACCAUUUUUGUUUGUCAGUUAGUUACUUUGUUUGUUUCUUCAAUUGAAAAAGAAUCCAAGUUUAAAGCCCACACACAAUGUCUUUUCCAAAAUUAGAACUUUCCACUCCCUUGAUUUACCCACGCAUACUUUUGGUUGCCAUGGCAACAGUGUAGCCAGGAGGCGUAUGCUGCUGAGUGCGUAGAUCAUUUGUAUUCUCUGAGCGCACGUGCAUGUUUACAUGUGCUGAAUGAUAGAAGGUGUGCGUGUGUGUCGGUUGGCGGCCACGCGUCUCCCUGUUACACCCCCAACCUCCAUCAAUGCUGCAGCUCCAGCGCUGAUGUCUUCUUAAGGGCGGGACCAGAUUUUCUGCAGAGGGAUACUCUGCAGCUUCACACUGUACCAACCAGUUUGGCAAUACCUGGCUCCCAAGAGCGUAUGCACACACUCACACACGCGCAAAAGUAGACUGCACUUGAGCCCCCCCAAGCAUUCAGCAUCAGUACAAUACGUAUCUCAUCAUCUGCUUUUCUCUCGCUCUCUUUCUCUCUCGACCCCUGUCUCGCUGUCUCUCCAUCGACGCUGACAACCUCCGCAGCUCUGACUCAUUCAGUUCUCCAUACAAGUGGAAGCACAGGAACUGGCAGCAUGUCCUCCAACGUGCCCCCCGGGGCAGCCAAAAGCAAGCCCCACUCUCCCUUCAGGAAGCGAGGAAGCCUGCAAUACACAACCAGUACAGUCGACCUCCGUGGUGCCCGCCACCUCCUCACACCCCAGCAUUCCUUGCCUGGGAUCCCCGUGGCCUUAAAACAAUCCAUAGAUCUCCGUACAUCCAUGGACGGCAAGUACAAAGAAAUUGCCGAGGAACUGUUCUCACGCAGCCUAGCAGACAGUGAGAUGCGCAGUGCUCCUUAUGAAUUCCCAGAGGACAGCCCCAUUGAACAGCUCGAGGAGAGACGACAGCGCCUUGAGCGGCAGAUCAGCCAAGAUGUCAAGUUUGAACCAGACAUCUUGCUGAGAGCCAAACAGGAUUUCAUGAAAACAGACAGCGCCGUAGAUCUCGAAUACAUGAAGCAACAAAGUCAAGCGCCAGAUCUGCUGGAGAGAGAAUUGCUCCCCGAGAGAGAAUACCAGCGGGUCACCAUCUCUGGAGAGGAGAAAUGUGGGGUUCCCUUCACGGACUUGCUGGAUGCUGCAAAGUGUGUGGUGAAAGCCCUGUUCAUAAGGCAGAAGUAUAUGGGCCUGUCGUUGCAGAGCUUCUGCAGGACCACCGCCCGGUACCUGCAAGAGCUAAGCGAGAGACCGCUCGACCUGACUAUCUAUGAGGAAGAAUUCCAAGAGGCGACGGAGGCCAGUGUCGCAGCAGAUGCCACAGUGCACCCACCUGUUUCUGGAACGCACCCCUACAAGAACAAGGACCCGAGCAGCAUGCCGCCCGACGUGGGCUACGGCUGCACGAUGGUGGAUGGUGUCAUGCACGUGUACACGUCAAGAGAGACCAUGGACAAGAGCACCGAGUUGGACCUGCCAUAUCCGGACCUGCAGGAGUACAUUGCUGACAUGAAUGUCAUGAUGGCCCUCAUCAUCAAUGGACCAGUGAAGUCCUUCUGCUACCGUCGCCUGCAGUAUCUAAGCUCUAAGUUCCAGAUGCACAUCCUCUUGAAUGAAAUGAAAGAAUUGGCAGCGCAGAAAAAAGUCCCGCAUCGAGACUUCUACAAUAUCCGGAAGGUUGACACGCAUAUCCAUGCCUCCUCCUGUAUGAACCAAAAGCAUCUUUUGCGCUUUAUCAAAAGAGCCAUGAAGAAGUAUUCUCAGGAGAUUGUCCAUGUGGAGAGAGGAAAGGGUCAGACGCUCAUGGAGGUAUUUGAGACGAUGAACCUGACUGCUUUUGACCUCAGUGUGGACACUUUGGACAUGCACGCGGAUCGCAAUACUUUUCAUCGAUUUGACAAGUUUAAUGCCAAAUACAAUCCCAUUGGUGAAUCCAUCCUGAGAGAGAUCUUCAUCAAAACGGACAAUCACGUCGAAGGCAAAUACUUUGGCCACAUUAUUAAGGAGGUGAUGGCUGACCUGGAGGAAAGCAAGUAUCAGAAUGUGGAGCUGAGAUUGUCCGUCUACGGGCGCUCCAGAGAUGAGUGGGAAAAGUUGGCAAAGUGGGCUGUCAAACACCAGGUCUACUCGGCUAAUGUGCGAUGGCUGGUGCAAAUGCCACGACUUUUUGAUGUCUACCACACCAAGAAGCAGCUGUCCAACUUCCAAGAGAUGCUGGAGAACAUUUUCCAGCCUCUGUUUGAAGUCACAAUCCACCCAGGCAAACAUCCGGAGCUGCACCUCUUCCUUCAGCAUGUUGUGGGUUUUGACAGUGUGGAUGAUGAGUCCAAACCAGAGCAGCAUAUCUUCAACCUGGACAGCCCGCUGCCGGCCAAUUGGACAGAGGAGGACAAUCCACCCUACUCCUACUACCUCUACUAUAUGUACGCAAAUAUGACUGUUCUGAAUCACCUGCGCAGGCAGCGAGGCUUCCACAGUCUUGUACUGCGUCCACAUUGUGGUGAGGCAGGCCCCAUCCAUCACCUGGUGUCUGGGUUCAUGCUAUCAGAGAACAUCUCCCAUGGGCUACUGCUCCGGAAGGCUCCUGUGCUUCAAUAUCUGUACUAUUUGGCUCAGAUUGGCAUCGCCAUGUCUCCGCUAAGCAAUAACAGCCUGUUCCUUAGCUACCAUCGUAACCCUCUGCCAGAGUACCUCUCCAGAGGCCUCAUGGUCUCCCUGUCCACAGACGAUCCUUUGCAGUUUCACUUUACUAAGGAGCCCCUGAUGGAAGAGUACAGCAUUGCUGCUCAGGUGUGGAAGCUGAGCUCUUGUGACAUGUGUGAGCUGGCCAGAAACAGUGUGCUGAUGAGCGGUUUUUCUCAUCAGAUGAAGAGCUAUUGGCUCGGCCCGGACUAUGUCAAAGAAGGUCAAGAGAGCAACGACAUCAGGCGCACCAACGUCCCGGACAUCCGCUUGGCAUAUCGCUACGAGACCAUGUGUGAAGAGCUCAAUUUAAUAACGCAGGCCAUUCGUACGGACGAGCUGGACACGAUUGAAGAGGAAGAGAGUCUGUGCAUGGCUGCUCCACAAGCAAAGCAAUGAACUAACCCCAUGGAACACAAAAAUAGUUAAAACACUGUGGAAAAUACUGAAACAGUUUGUGUUUAUUUCCAUGAGGUGUAACUUUUCAUUGUUAAGUCUCCAAAUAUUUUAUUUUAUUUUUAUAUGAUUUGUUGAUGGUCAUAUCUUGUCAGCUUUUCUGUGUCAGCAUCCAAGCUGUUAUUGUCAUAAACCUGACAUCUCUUUGCUGUUUGUUUGGUAAUUAUUCAGUCUUUUGUGAAUAUUUGAACUCCUGGCCCCGAAGCCCAGAUCCCCCAUAGUCUGGCCCUGGUCAUUGCUCGUCUCCAGCGAUAAUGCAAGCAAUCUAAGGAUUCAUUUCUGUUCACGUGUGCUGCUUGUGCGAAGAUGCAUGAUAUGUCGCUGCACUCUCAACCCUUGUACAAAGUCAACUGUUGCCAAAUGGAGUCAUUUGAAAAAAUGAAAGUUGGCUGAGAUUCUUAUGUCAUAUCAUUCAAUGUCUUAAUGUCUUUGUGAGAAGUACAAGUUGCAGUUCUAGGCAAUGCUUGUCUCCACCCAGGUGAUGCUGCACUGUAGUUGUUUUGUGAAAUACAAGUUCAUGUUCCCUGUC